CAUUGAUCCAUUUCCACACAAGGCGCUUCAAGGGAAUGUCCUGAAGAAAACAAGGUUGGGGUGGAGUAAGGGUCGAGUCCUUGCGGGUAGCCUGUGUCCAAACUUUCAAGUGUGGGUUCAAAUGGGAAAAUUACCACUACCACUAGAACUUGAGUUGCGCGUACUAUCUUGGGUCCCAGCUGAGGAUGUAGCGAGGUUGCAACUUGUGUGCAAGGAUUGGGGUCGCCUUCUCCAUGACCCAACAUUUAGAGCGCUAUGGGAACGACAGAACGGCACAAGUUAUUUCUUGUUACAUGUAAAACGUCACGCGAGGGACAGCCUAGAAGUGCAAUUUCGCUACUGCAAAUAUGAUUCAUCAGAAGACAGGGUUUGCUUGCAACAGGUACCUCCUUCAUUACGGUCUUGGUUUGCACCAGAUGGUUCAGAGCCUCUCUUGGCUGGAGGGGGCCUCAUUUUGUGCUGGUUUCCAAAGGUGUCGGGUUCAAGCGGACUUGUCGACAGCACCAACAGGGAGUCCCAUUUUCUAGUUGGGAACCCGCUGACACAAGAAUGGGUAAAGAUUCCCGGAGUUGAAGUUCCUCUGUAUUAUAGCAAGCGAAUGCUGACUACAUAUUUCGAUGAGGGUCAAAUGUUCUUCAGGAUUUGGCUUGAGCCAUAUUCGUUUGACUCUAAAGUCGGCAUAUGGACAGUUCCUCGUGCCGGGGUCUUCGAAAUGUGCUCGUACAACAGCGUAUGCAUCAAAGGGGUGCAUUAUGCUCUUGCACGACUUCAUCAAUAUGCCGCACUUGUGCUGCUGGAAGUUGAUUUUGCAGACAUUAGCCGCUCGAAAUGGGCGUAUGCAUGGGACUUAUCCGAACUUGAGGGGACAUACGAAGAUGUGUACAUGCUGGAAGUUGGACCUGGUGAGAUUGGUAUAUUUACACAAAAGAUGGAGUGGAUGGAGUAUACAACGGUUAUGGUGCUGGAUAGGCAGCAGAACGAUGAUGGAGAUUCAGAGUGGACAUGGAAAACAGUGUCGACCUCACCUGAAGAAGACUUUGAAACGGGACCAGGCAUAAUCCAGACUUCUGAAUGCCAGACGCAUGGGAAGGAUACCUUCUGCGUUGCGGAGAAAGGGAUUGUGAGAUUCGAUUCUCAAAACUUGACAUGGGAAUGGGUUGAGAAGGGGCAGCACUUGGAAAGAGUUAUGGAGAAACUGCUCCUUUUGGAACCCAACUUGGCAGCUGUGCCUAAUCUCAAUGUGCCUAGCUUGGACUUGAAGUCAGCUUGUGCCAGCCGGUUUCGAAAGGUGUGCUAUGUGGGUCAUCCUGUGGAACACGAAUUCUCAGACUUGAAAGCUCUCUGGAAGCCAGGCUUGUCAUGGCGAGAGAUUGGAGAAGUAGCAAUUGAUUGGAAAGAAGGUGUGAUCUACGUGAUGCAGUAUUACCACUUGAAGCAACAGUUUAAAGUACCUUGGUCAACAAAAUUUUAAAAAAUUGUAUGAUAAAAAUUGCAAACCCUAAACGUCUGAUGGUAUAUGCUUAAAAA